AUGGCACAACAACAGUUAGGUAAAAAAUCUGUGGAAAUUUAUAGUAGACGUUUUGCUUUAGAGCAACGGGUACUAGCACAAUAUGCUGAUAAAAGUAUUAAAAUUGUUUGGUUUGAAAGGGGUAGCAGCGGUGGAAAAUGUUUUCUCGCUAAAGCUCAACCAACAACAAAUAUCGGCAAAGCACUGUACAAAUCUGCAGUUCAGUUGUCGCCCGACGAUAUGUUAAGAGUUUGCGAAUGUCUCGACAAAGCGAAUCGUACGGGUACAAAUUAUUUUCAGAUUUCCGAAAGCACCGAUUGGAAGGGUGACCUAUUACGUUUGGUACUCAAAGACAGCGAGUAUCAAGGUCUUCUGUUAUGUUAUCACAAAGCUGUGGGGGAAGAUCUUGAAAUGGCGUGUGAUAGCGACGAAACUUCAGAAGAUCUAGAUCCAGACCCUGUGGAAAAGAUAGCAAGCGAAGACCUCGUAACAAAUCUUAAAUGGAACGAGUGCUUUGAAAAAUUUUACAUAUCCAAAAAAGAUAAUUGGAAUUACCUUGCAAGUCAACUGCGAGAGUUUUGUGUUGACGUAAGCAACGUACAUCGUGUUGAUCAAGAGUCUCGAUUACCUACCUCCUCAGCAGAACCUGUGAAAUCUGGUGUGGAACAAAUUCCCUUGUCUGGAGUGGCUGAUGAUAAAACUAAAAAUACAGUUUUACCAAAACCCAAACGUAAACGUAUUAAAGAGGUAAGAUUCGAAGAGGCUGUAUCACAUCUACUAAGUUAUAUGUAUUUCUACAAUUUAUCAUCGUCAGAAGUAUGGGGCAAAUACGGUGUUGAAAUAAAUAAAAUGCUACCGUAUGAUUAUGCGCUUAUGAUUCGCGUGGGCGAUGCUGAAUUAAAAAGGAUGAGUGAGCUGUUGAACAAGGAGGAACACAAAAAUAAAUUACAUAAAUAUAAUAGCUCUCAAGAAAGUGCUAGUAUUGUAACAUGGGAUUAAUUUUUUUUCUAUAGUACUCAACUAAACCCAUAGCAGUGUUAUUCCAGUAUAUGCUUAAGACAAAGUUAGACGCAAAAGAGACGGUGUUUUAUUAUCAUGAAGAGUUAAAUAAAGAAUGUGUAUACGAUUAUAUAGGGUUAAUAAAAUCUGUAAAUUUUCCUUUAAUUGAACAACGAAUAUUAAAUCGAUUGAAGGAAGGGUAUAAAGUGUGAUACUUAGUUGGUUUUUUUAUUAUUCAUUUUUCAGUAAUGAUGAGCAAGAGAAAAAAACCCGUGAAAUUUAUUGCUGAUGAACUUAUUAAAAAAGCGUCUCGCUUAUUAAAAGGUGAAAAACUUACUAAAGAACAAUUAGAUGCGUAUUCAUUGCAUGCAAAAAGACGUCAUAAAUAUAAACGAUUAAAAAUUUAUGUAAAUAAACCUAAUGCACAAUGGAGUAUUGAUUUAGCUGAUUUAAAUAACUUGUCUGGAUACAACAAUCAAUAUCGUUAUAUUCUUGUCUGUGUUGAUGUGUAUACGCGUUAUGUGUUUGUGAAAUUACUAAAGAAGUAA